AUGGCAUGGCAUUCUGACAACCCUAACAUAAACGGGGAGAGCCCAGGGCCGGAGCGGCGGAACGGCGAGUGCGACCCCCCGGAGAUGGCGUCCCCGGGGACUCCGCCCGCGGCCUCCGCACCCCCCGGGGAUGCUCCACCGCCGGUACCCACCUCUCAAACCCAAAAGACCAGAUCGGUGAUGGUGUCUUUGACCCCGGAGCGUCAGCGGGAGACCUGGGCCAAGAAGGCGGAGUUCCUGCUGGCUGUGGUGGGCUUCGCAGUGGACCUUGGCAACGUCUGGAGAUUCCCUUACAUCUGCUACCAGAACGGAGGGGGCGCGUUCCUCAUCCCGUACUGCGUGAUGCUGCUGUUUGGCGGUCUACCGCUGUUCUUCAUGGAGCUCGCCCUCGGACAAUACCACCGAUGCGGCUGCCUCACGCUUUGGAAGAGGAUCUGUCCAGCGCUGAAAGGUGUGGGCUACGCCAUUUGUAUGAUAGACAUCUACAUGGGGAUGUAUUACAAUACCAUCAUUGGCUGGGCUGUGUACUACCUGAUAGCUUCGAUAGCUUCCAUCAACUCCGUGCUGCCUUGGACCAGCUGUAACAACGAGUGGAACACCCCCCUUUGUACCCCGGUCACAUCGCCGCAGAUCAACCCGAAUGCGUCCACGCCUGCUAAAGAGUUUUUUGAACGUAACGUGUUAGAGCAACAACGUUCUAACGGCUUAGACGACAUGGGGCCCAUCAAGCCGUCACUUGCUCUGUGCGUGGUGGGGGUGUUCGUUCUCGUCUACUUCUCUCUGUGGAAGGGAGUCAGGAGCACUGGGAAGGUGGUGUGGGUAACGGCCUUGGCUCCGUACGUUGUACUGCUGAUCUUGCUGGCCAGAGGAGUCACCCUGCCAGGGGCUACUGAAGGCAUCCGAUAUUAUCUCACUCCGGAGUGGCACAAACUGUUGAACUCCAAGGUAUGGAUCGACGCCGCCUCCCAGAUCUUCUUCUCCCUGGGCCCAGGGUUCGGCACCCUCCUGGCGCUCUCCAGCUACAACAAGUUCAACAACAACUGCUACCGGGACGCCCUCAUCACGUCUUCCAUCAACUGCCUCACAAGCUUCCUCGCUGGAUUUGUUAUAUUUUCUGUUUUAGGGUACAUGGCUCACGUCCAAAACAAGAGCAUAGAAGAAGUCGGCUUGGAAGGUCCAGGACUGGUUUUCAUCGUGUACCCUGAAGCCAUUGCAACAAUGACCGGCUCCGUGUUCUGGGCCAUCAUCUUCUUCCUCAUGCUCAUCACCUUGGGUUUGGACAGCACGUUCGGAGGUCUAGAAGCGGUGACGACGGCGCUGUGUGACGAGUACCCCCGGCUGCUGGGGAGACACCGGGAGAUCUUCGUGGCGGUCCUCUGCCUCUUCAUAUACAUCUGUGCACUACCCACAACUACUUAUGGUGGAGUAUACCUCGUAGACCUUCUGAACGUGUACGGCCCGGGGCUGGCGAUCCUGUUCGUGGUGUUCGCGGAGGCGGCUGGCGUCUGCUGGGUGUACGGGGUGGACAAGUUCUCAGAGGACGUGAGGAGCAUGCUGGGACACUCCCCCGGCUGGUUCUGGAGGGCUUGCUGGUCUUACAUCAGUCCGGUCUUCCUUCUCGUUCUGUUUGUGUUCUCCGUGCUGGCUCACGAGGAGAUGCUGGGCGGGGAGUACACCUACCCCCCGUGGUCCAUCACCGUGGGUUGGGUCAUGACCGGCACCACUGUCUCGUGCAUCCCACUGUACAUCGUGUACAAGUUCCUUAUUACGCCCGGCAGCUUUACUACCCGUAUUAAAAUGAUCACCCGUCCGGAGAUGACGUCCAUACCUCCGGCAGACGCCACCAUCUGCAACCUGUGACUGCCACAUGACUUCCACCCAGUUUUGGACUCCAAGCCGCC